AGUUUUUUUUCUUUUUUUCCGGGGGGGAGGAUUCAGGAAUCUUGCCAACUUGUGACAGAAGCACAGAUACACUCAGAGAGAAAAGUAACUAUCACCCAGAGUCCGGAAGAUAAAAUAACCACACUUUAGCAACGAAAGGUCCGAAAUGGCGCAGUUCUCCGAACUUGAAAAGGCCAUCGACACGCUGGUCACGCAGUUCCAUGCGGCAGCGGCGGACAAUGGUGCAGUGCUGAAGAAAGAAGAAUUCAAAGGUCUUCUCUCAUCCCAGCUGCCCAACCUGACAAAGAGUGCUGGCUCGGAGCUGGGACUGAGUGAGAUCCUCCAAAAGAUGGGUGUGUCUGAUGGCGAGGGCAUCUCCUUCAAGCAUUUCUGGAGCUUAAUCCAGUCGCUAGCCACCACACAGCAUGGUCUCCUUAGUGCGGAAAAGGUGUCCAAAUGCAGCUGCAUUCUCCAGUGAGGACCAGGCACCAAACCACAACAUGAUAAAGGGCCACCAGCAUGUGUUCCACACCACCGCAUGCACAACACAUGAUAAAUAAAGCAUGUACAACCCAGCCGCCCCCUUACAGCUCUGCAGUCCAUCCCAGCAUGUUAACGCUAUCCAUUCCCCUUAUUCACCACACCUCUGUUCAUUCUGCGUGCCUAGUGAAGUAUGAGAUCAUGAUAACCUUCUAGCUCAGCCCAGCAUUGGUACCAUCAGAGACAUUUGCGUAUUUCUUUCAGUACAUUAAACACGUCCUAGUUGGCUUCCUUACUUGCGUUCAUUCCAGUUCACAGCAAUGUGGUUUGAUUUAAAGCAGACUACCAGUUUUACAUACUAAGGGUCUAAUCCGUUUUGCAGUAUUUCCUCAGUGCUAGCAGUAUGGAUAGCCAUAAGGAUGUACACUGUAGUACAACCUUCCUUACUCAUUAGAUAUUGUACAAGACAUUACAGCGUUCAGUGUGUAUCAGAAAACGACAGAAGACUCGUGUUGAUACCUUCUGAAUCUCAUUACAGCUGACAUUGAAUACUGGCAAGCCUCCACCACAAAACACAGCAUCACAAAUACCAUGACAGUAACAUUUUCACAGUAACCAUCUCAUGUUUUUGUUUAGUGAUUUAAUCCUGUGGUGUUGCAGUUUCUGUGUAUUUAUACUUUGUAAUUCUUUCUACUCUGGCCAAUGAGACACCAAAGGAAAAAACAAAACAAAAAACAAUUGUGUAAUAAACGUCUAAAGAAAGCACAAUUACUCACUCAUGAUUGUCUACUUUGGAUGACAGUUUUUUUUCUCAGAAAUCUAACAUGUUUUACUACAGAUUAUUUGAUUUGAUUUGAUCAGUCAUUAGAGAAUUAAACAAAAGGAAUCACCAUCGUAAGUUGCUCUGCAGCUAAAGUCGUGCAGACUUUUUUUUGGCUUAUGCUUAUCUAACUAAUACUUAUUACUGUAAGAACAUUUACAUUUAUCUGUUUGUGCUUUAACAUUUCAAACGUUCCAGUAAUUUGCAUUUGUGCCAUAAAGUCUAAUCAUUACGAUUUGGACACAGCAGAAGUGACUAAGAAGGAUGUGCUAAAUAAAAAUACUUUUCUCAUCACAA